AGCCGAGCCGAGCCGAGCCGAGCCGAGCCGAGCCGAGCCGAGCCGAGCCGAGCCGAGCCGAGCCGAGUGGAGCCCGCAAUGGCCAUCGCGCACAUCGCCACCGAGUACGUCUUCUCCGAUUUCCUGCUGAAGGAGCCGCCGGAGACGCGCUACAAGGGGCUGCGGCUGGAGCUGGCUCUCGACAAGAUCGUCACCUGCAUCGCCGUGGGGCUGCCGCUGCUCCUCAUCUCCCUCGCCUUCGCCCAGGAGGUCUCCAUCGGUGCUCAGAUAAGCUGUUUUGCACCCAGCUCUUUCUCCUGGCGACAAGCUGCUUAUGUGGACUCCUACUGCUGGGCAGCUGUGCAGCAGAGGCAACCAUCCCACAACAACUUAGAAAACAUACCCCUGUGGCUGCAUAAAUUCUUCCCAUACAUCCUUCUGCUUGUUGCUAUCCUGCUGUAUCUACCAUGUUUGUUCUGGCGCUUCACUGCAGCACCUCACCUUUCCUCAGACCUGAAAUUUAUCAUGGAAGAACUUGACAAAGCCUAUAACAGGGCAAUCAAAGCUGCUAAUAGCAUUCGAAGUGGAGACCCCAGGGACCCUACUGACUUGAUUCCAGCUGCUAAUGAGAACUUGACACAGAGUUUGUGGGAAAUAUCUGAAAGCUACUUUAAGUACCCAAUUGUGGAGCAGUACCUGAAGACAAAAAAGAAUUCCAAGUGCUUAAUAAUUAAAUACAUUACAUGCCGUUUGCUCACACUAGUAAUUACUUUCAUUGCAUGCCUCUAUCUGGGUUACUACAUUAGUCUCUCCUCUUUGAGUGAUGAGUUUCUCUGCACUAUCAAAACUGGGAUCCUGAAGAACGACACAACUGUUCCAGAAGUGGUUCAGUGCAAGCUUAUUGCUGUUGGUGUCUUCAAGGUACUCAGCUACAUUAACCUGAUAGUCUAUCUGCUGUUGAUGCCCCUGGUAGUGUAUGCAAUGUGUGUUCCAUGGAGGUGGAAUUCAGGUUUUCUCAAAGUGUAUGAAAUCUUGCCAACUUUUGAUGUUCUGAAACUUAAGUCGAAGCAUUUUGAUGACUUAAGCCUUUACCUCCUCUUUCUUGAGGAAAACGUGAGUGAACUUAAAUCAUUUAAAUGCCUUAAAGUGCUGGAGAACAUUGCAGUUUCUGAGAAGUUUGAUGUCAUGCAGCUUUUGGUAAACCUUGGUACUAUUAAGACUGAUACCAUAGAUGGGAAGCCAGGGACCGCUGAGUUGGAGAAGCCUGAAGAAACAAUUACAGAUGAGCUGGAAAAAGAUGCAACAGAAUUACAAGUUCUGACAGACGAUGGUGGCAGCGUGAAUGCGAGAGAAGACAAGAGGCUUCGUCAAAGGCUUGUAGAUUCCUCGUGCUGACGCUCCCCAGCUGCGGGAGCCAGGAGCCUGUUCAGCGGGAAGGCUCCUCCUCUGCCUCCGCUGCGCUCAGCGCAAGGUGCUGCUUCUUGAGUGCAACCUUCUCAAUCGCCUGACAGUUCCCCAGAGGCCACACUGGUUUACAGACUAUUUGUUAUGUAAUAAUCAGGAGCCUGAAAACUGUACACUUCCAUUAUUUAUUAAAAAAAUCAAACCACACACAGAGAGGAACAAGGACAAAACAAUUCUAUCAUGGGUAACAAGUGAACAGUUGAAGCUGGCAGCUGGACAGAGCUCGCUCCAUUCUGGACAGGGAUGGGAAACAUAAACCUGCAGGUAGCAAAAAGAUAUGGCCAUGUUGCAUUCUGAAGUGUUGCUCUGCAGCAGGGGCCAUCUCACUUCUGGGGUUUAAGUAAGGUAACUUUGGGCUCUCUGACCUGGAGAAGGGGGCCAGGGGUGGGGUUCUGUAACAAAUCUGGUUAAUGUGUCCUGGAUGGUGGCUGCCACUGAUACUGGCUGUGUCUUCAUGGGAAAAAUAGAGGUUUCUCUGUUCAGCCUGAGAUGUCUUGGUUAGUCAUCCCAACAUUCAUGUCUGGGAUUAACUCGACACUGGUGGAAAAGAAGCUACAAACAGUUUUAAUGUUAAGAAGGUACAGUAAAUUUUAGGGAUUUUGAAUUUUCUAUGGUUAAUAAAUUAAUGAUGUCUUAAUACUUUUUUUUAAAAAAAAUGUAAUGAUGUGUAAGCUAAGUAUUGUUUUAAUUUCUAUCCCUCAGUCGUUUUGGUCUUAGUGUCUAACAAAUCUGCCUUGGAGUUUUGGACUGAAGAUCAGUGAAGUUGGUUCUAUUUUUGUAAUAGUUUGUCAAAUUUUUUUGUAAUUUUUUUAUGUGUAGAAUUUUUCUCAACAUGUUUGUAGUAUCAAAUGCAA